CCUCCAUCAUCAACCGGACAGGAGACUUCAAUUCGGAAGGAGUUCCACAGAUCAACGACAACUGCUAUCAAUCCGUGUACUGGCACUAGUCCCGUCCCUAGCAAUCCAUUCGUCGAACUGAGCUCUUAGACACAGGUUCGAGCCAUGGCCCGUCUUGCAUUCCUCGUCGUGUCCCUCGCGGUCCUGCUGGUGACGGCCUCCGCAGAAAGCGUCGGCACCGGCCCCAAAAACCCGUCGGUCUCCCUGGAGAAGGCCCUCGGGUCCAAUGGCGUGGCGACUGACGUCCCCAGCAACAUCGAGAAGGCCGCUGCCGCCGGCAACCUGGACAAGUUCGAGGGUACCACCGUUGUGAGCCCCGCCACCGACUCAAUGCUGAUGGUGGACGUGAAGAAGGCCGGUUGGAACGCGAUGAAGUGCCACAAGGACCUCGGUGCGCCCGGGCAAGGCGCGUGCACGCCCGCCAACUGCAGCAAGGGCGGCAUCCCCGCCAAGUGGAAGACGUCCAACCUGCUGAAGAACAAGCUCGGUGUGGAGGUUUACGUUAAGGGCAACCCUCUCACUCUCAAGAAGGCGUCUCCCCAGACGUGCUGCAACACGUGCGCGUCGUACAAGAGCUGCACGUACUGGCAGUACAUCCCCGACAUCACCAUCGACGGCAAGAAGUCGGACGGCGCAUGCUACCUGGUGCACGACGACAUCGACUACACGUGCGGCGAGCUCACCGCGCAGUACGCGACCGAGACGAAGCCGAUCGCGCUGCAGGUGCGCACGGGCGGUGAGUGCAACCCCGCCGCGAACAUCGUCAACGACCCCCAUCUCGUGGGCGCGUUCGGCACCCACUUCGACUUCAACGGCCGCCCCGACAAGGCUUUCUGCCUUCUCACCGACCGCGACCUCCACGUGAACAUGCUGCUCCGCGGGUACUACUCGGACGACACGGAGAACGCGGCGCUGGUGGUGGACGGCAAGGCCGUGCACACGUGGAUCAAGGAGCUUGGACUCGUGUGGUUCGCCAAGGGUGCCGACCACAAGGUGCGCCUGGCUGCCCGCUCCGGCAAGCAGCAGGAGCGUGGCGACGGGUUCAUGAAGACGAUCGAGAUCGACGGCGAGGAGAUCCCCAAGAUGAACGUUGGCGACGAGGUGACAUCCGAGGGCGGGCUCACCCUGCGCUUCACGGCGCUCGAGAAGGAGGGUCCCUAUGAUGUUGACUACUACACCCUCACCAUCGAUGGCCUCGUUUCCCUGGAUCUGAGGCUGCGCGUGGCGAACCCCAAGCUGCAGACCCCCAACGAAGCCGAGGCGCACAUCAACGUGGGCAUCGUGGAGCUGGAGCACACCGACGACGUGCACGGCGUGCUCGGCCAGACCUACCGCCCCGACCACGCUGCUCGCGCCGCCGACUUCCAGCGCCUGAUUGCGAACCUGCACCGUCCGAUCUCGUCCGACAGCGAGGAGGGCGUUGGGUUCCUGGACGGCACUCCCCGGUCGUACGAGUCGAGCUCCGUGCUGUCCGUGGACUGCGCGCACACCGAGUAUCACCGCGCCAAGCAGCUGAGCCCCGUCGAGGAGUUCCCCAUGGAGCCUCUCAACUAAAGAGCUUCGGUUGAGCAGACUCGCGGCUUCGACAUGGUGGGCUGUCGGUGGGCUCGGUAGUGUGAUCUUAGGUGGGUUGUUGUAAGGCUCAUAUUCGAGGAUACAUGUUGUCCACCUGUAAUUGUAUAUUAGAAUCCAGAUUAGCAGGUGUAAUAUUAUGAAUUAGCCAGCAUUAUUCCAAUGGGGAUAUCUGUCUGUGGCUCAUAAGAACUUGUGAUCAAAUAGAUGCUGGAUUAUGAUUGUAAGAGACCUUAGGUGGGUAAUUC